AUGUUUACAAGACAUUUUAGGCCUGUGAAAGAGAUUAUAAGGUGUUUUCGGAGUUUAGCAAACCCUGUUUAUGGAUCUUCGGUAAAACAGAAACUGUUUUUGCUCCAAUCUCGAAAUAAAGUAUCUAAAAAGACAGGCGAUGAGCUGAAAAGACAGGCAGAACGACGAGCAAUUCAAGCCAAACGAGCCAAUAAACGACCAUAUUCGAAGCAAAAAGCUCAACAUAUUCUGAAACUGAAGCAUGGGAUUUCUCCAAGCGAAUUGUCGGUGGCACAACUUGGUCCAACAAGCAAAUCUGAUCUGCGGUAUCUGACAUUGACGCGCGAUAAAAGAAUGUUGUACACGCUUUUGGGUGUGACCGGGUCUCAAUUGAGAGAUUCGAAAUUGGUAGCUGGAGAUGUGGAGAAAUUUCUGAGGCGAGGACAAUUAGAAAAGGCGAUUUUCCUGGCGAGACUUGCGCACAAGCGAGGUGUUGUAGGCAUGAAUUUGAUCUUGGAAUAUGUAUGCAAGAAUAUGAACGACGGUGGCGGUGCGAUCGAUUUAUACAAUUGGAGGAAGAAAUGGGGCAUAGAAUUGAAUGAAUUUACCAACACCGUGCUAUUCAGUGGUCUCGCUAAUCUUGUAGAGCCCUUAAGCGAUAAACAAGCACGUAGGGUAUUCAGAAUUGCUCAGCUUUUGAUAGAAAAAGACCAGAUGAAUCAAAUUGAGUUUAACGCGGCGCUCAAGGCUCUUUCAAACUCUAUCAAUGUGGAACGGGUUUUUGAGCUCUUCGAGCUCAAGCCGAAGACGAUCCACGGGGACAAGAUGACUUACCAGACCCUUUUAACCGCUUUGAAAAGGACACAGUUAGAGAAAGUAACCAGAGCGAAUAUUUUGAUGGCAAAAAUUCCACCAAAACUGAUUGAUUUCAGAAUUGCUCUCGAAUAUUGCAGGAUAUGGGGAAGCUAUGACGACCGAGAUUUUCAAAGAAUGGCAUUAUCUGCUUUGCAAAACUACUUUGCGCUAGGCGAAAAAUCAUAUGCUGCUCUUUUGCCCACUGAUAAAAGUCUGCCUCAAUUGGCAAAAGUGGCAGGGACUGAGCGCUUUCCAGUCAGAGGCUCUGUGCUCGAAACCUUUAUUGAACUAUGCUUAAAAACCGAAGAAUAUGAAUUAGCAACUAAAGUGUUCGAGAAUUGGAAAUCUAAGAAUGAAAGGGUGCUCACUUGUCGUGUUUAUGAGCUUAUGAUUAAUGUGACUAUCCGAUCCCAGCCCAAUUCAUGCACGAAGAAAGUCUUGGAGUUGUUUGAAGCCCUGGAUUCUCGUUUUCGAGAGAACAAGAGCGGUCUUAUUCUUGUUUACAAGGCCUUUGAGAGGCAGGCCGCGAGGAAAUUUACAAAUGGCAAUGAAGCUAGGUUGGAGGUUCUUCUCUCCGAUCUACAAAAUUUUGCAUCAAGUAUGGAGUCUUACCACGGCGCGGAUAUCAACGCCGAGGUAUUACAGUGGAAAGUUUGGCUUUACUACUGGAAAAUUGUGAACAGUGGGAAUACUUUGGGGAAAAUUUGCUUGACGCGCGCCAAAUUCAUCCUUGAUCAAUUCAUUAAUACCGUUCUUUCUGGACAGAUUGAGCUCAAAAAAAGGUCUGAAGCUGAUCAUGGAGGUUUGCGUCAUAUUGAACUUGAAUCUGUGAGAUUUAUUAGCGCAUUUGCCGACAGAUUUAGGGUGCAGGAUCUCGACAACGUAAAUCAGGAUGGUGCUGAAAGAGAGUGUUUUCUUUUCAGAAGAUCACUUUUACGCUUAAAGACACUUUUACUGGAGCACCUCCGAGUCAUUGAGGGAAAAAUCCAAGAUGUCUCUGAGUUAGAAUGUUCUAUAAACCAGUGCUGUGUCCGGCUCAGAGCCAUGCCAGUACCUCCGGUACCUGUCAAAGUGGAAUCGUCCAAUGUUAAUAAAAUCUAA